AUGCUCAGGAAAGCAGCCACAGAUUAUUGGAAGAUCCUAUCCAUCUCGUUUGCCAUCCAAGAGAUCGACCAGAAUCCCAGCCUCUUACCCAACAUCACCCUGGGCUACAACAUCUAUGAGAACUAUUUCAAUGCAAGAAUGACUUCAGAUGCCUUGCUAGACCUGCUCUCUACUGGGCAGGCCAAUGUCCCCAACUACAGCUGUGGAAGACGGAAACACCUGUUGGCUGUUCUGGAAGGGACCAACUCUGACAUCUCUAACCAAAUUUCAACCGUGUUGGACAUCUUCAAAAUCCCACAGUUCCAUCCUUUCCUGAGAAGCCACCAUUUUAACAAUAAUUCUAUGGAUGGAGUGUAUGUGGAUGAGAAUGGGAACUUGGCCGCCGACUUUGACGUCGUGAACUGGGUGAAGUUUUCCAAUAAGUCUGUCAUUAAAGUGAAAUUUGGGGCCAUGGAAAGAUGGGGAUCUUCAGGCCUCAAGUUCACCAUUGACCAGGAUGCCAUUGUGUGGCCCAAAUGGUUCAACCAGUGCGUGGAAAGCUGCCAUACUGGAUUCGUCAAGGUGGUUCAGGAAGGAAAACCACGUUGCUGCUAUGAUUGUGUUCCCUGCGCAGAAGGGACCAUCUCCACCCAGGAAGAUGCUGACCACUGCACAAAGUGUCCAGAAGAUCAGCAUCCAAACGAGGACCGAGAGCACUGUGUCCUGAAGAUUAUAACUUUCCUGUCCUAUGAAGAACCUUUGGGGGUCAUCCUGACUUCCUUUGCUCUACUCUUAUCCUUAAUUACAGGCUUUGUGUUGGGAAUCUUCAUUAAAUGCCUAGAAACUCCAAUAGUCAAAGCCAACAACCGGGACCUCUCUUACAUUCUCCUCAUCUCCCUCCUGCUUUCCUUUCUGUUCUCCUUCUUAUUCAUUGGGCAGCCAAGGAAAGUCACCUGCCUUCUCCGACAAAUGGCCUUCAGCAUCAUCUUCUCAGUUGCGGUCUCUUCUGUGUUGGCCAAAACGAUCACUGUAGUCAUAGCCUUCCUGGCCACAAAACCAGGGAACAGGAUGAGGGGAUGGCUGGGGAAGAGUUUGGCCAACUCCAUUGUCAUUUCCUGCUCCAGUGUCCAAUUUGUCAUCUGCACCAUCUGGCUGUGGACCUCUCCACCAUUCCCUGACACUGACAUGCACUCCCAGCCUGGACAGAUCAUCCUGCAAUGUAGUGAAGGGUCUGUUGCCAUGUUUUAUAUCGCCCUGGGCUACAUGGGCUUCCUGGCUGCCAUCUGCUUCAUGGUGGCUUUUCUAGCCAGGAAGCUGCCUGGGUCCUUCAAUGAAGCCAAGCUGAUCACCUUCAGCAUGCUGGUCUUCUGCAGCGUUUGGGUGUCCUUUGUGCCUUCCUACCUGAGCACCAAGGGGAAAUACAUGGUAGCCGUGCAGGUCUUCUCUAUGUUGGCCUCCAGUGCUGGUUUAUUGGGCUGCAUCUUUCUUCCCAAGUGCUACAUCAUUGUACUAAGGCCUGAUCUGAAUACAAAGGAACAUCUCAUGAUGAAAAUCAAAGUAUAA